ACUCAUCUUCUCUUUUCAUCGCAAAUCCAUUUCAAUUCCUAAACCUAUACACACAAACACUUUGUAGUUUGUAUCUAUACAUUUUCUGAGUAAUCGCAAUCAUGAGUUCAACAGGAGCAGGCAAAGGCAUCGCCGGCAGAGGCAAAUCCAAGGGCACCAAAUCAGUGUCCCGGUCUCAGAAAGCCGGUCUGCAGUUCCCGGUCGGUCGGAUCGCCCGGUUCCUCAAAGCCGGCCGGUACGCUCAGCGGGUCGGGUCCGGGUCCCCGGUCUACCUCUCCGCCGUUCUCGAAUAUCUCGCUGCUGAAUUGUUGGAAUUGGUGGGAAAUGCGGCUCGAGAUAACAAGAAGAGCAGGAUCAUCCCGAGGCACAUUCAAUUGGCGGUGAGGAACGAUGAGGAGCUGAGCAAGUUGUUGGGGUCUGUGACGAUUGCGAGCGGUGGUGUUCUGCCUAAUAUCAAUUCCGUUUUGCUGCCCAAGAAGGUUGCGAAAGGGAAAGAUCAAAUCGGCUCUGUUUCUCAGGAGUUUUAAGGCUCUUAAGUUUUGUAGCCCAAAGUUUUAAAUGUUUUGCAGCUUUGGGGAUUAGUUGGAUUGUGAAUAUGGGGUUUAUUCUGAUGCGAUGAAUCGGUUUAUGCUAUAAAUGAUGAUUAAUGAAAUGAUUUUGUGAGAGGCAUUUAUUUGAUUUA